AUAUCGUCCAGCUCACAGCUCCAGACUUCUUGACCUUCCGUUCACCUAGAGCCCAUUCUUCGAAUCAGUUUCCAGCUUCGUAGCCUCAGUCCAUCCUGGCAACAGAGAAUCUACCGCCUCCUGAGAGAGAGUUCGUCCCGAGACGCGUCAAAGCCAGCCUCAGUCCGCCUUAGCAGCAGCGAAUCUGGAGCAGCCGUCGCACGGCUUUCACCUAGCCACCUGUAGCAAGGCACGCGCUGGCAAUGGCGAUACUGUAGUAUCAAUAUCAUAAGAUAGCUUUAGCGCGUGCAGUACUGGUGUUGCCCCUUGCGUCAUUUUCGGAAAAAACCGCGUAGCUCUUCUGUAGGUCCCGUCUUCAUUCUUUUUCGCAGCACCCAUGUAGGUACGCUCAAGUUAGUGGGUACGCGCUGCUUGCUACACACUCGCAUUCUCUCUCAAGUUUUCUAGGUGCGAACAAAAACUUAGCGUGGACUGCGACGAUCGACAGAACAGGAAACGGUAGGCCGAUCGCAGCCGUCGCAGCCGUCGCAGCCGUCGCUCCGAGCGCCUCUUACCAGUCGAACUGACGCUACCGUAAUGGCUCGUUAUAAGCGCCCGCAGCUGAGCCUCGUUAUAGAGACGUGCGCCGAAGAAGAAGAAGGUAGUUUCUGUAUCGGGGAUCAGCAGCAGUGGAGACAGCACCAGCAGCAGCAGCAGCAGCAGCAGCAGCAGCAACGGUUUACAGGACGCACACUAGAGGCAUUUCAGCAGGCGGCGGGUGCAAAGCCGCUGGCGAAAAGCCAGCGCCACCGCGCGGGGGGCUGGCUUGACACGCUCCGCCAAGCCUCUCGCAUCCGCGCGACCGCUGCAAGAGCCCCCGCCUCCUCCGCUUCCGCGUUCCCCUCCGCCCCAUGCGGGCUGAAGCGGAGCGCAGCAGACGCGGGGCUGGAGCUGUCCGAAGGUUCCGCGGAGGAGCCGAAGCUACUGCGCCGCGCGACCUGCCCCGCGGAACGCGCCUACGUCGUCCCCCAACACUGGGCCUCCGCCGACCCCGCUUCCGCCAGCAGCGCCCCCGCCCCCGCCCGCGGCCGCGCCCCUGCUGCUGCUCCCUACGGCGGCGCUGGCGCAUCCUGGCCCCCGGGUCUCCUUGCGCUGAACGCGCUCGUCUCUCCGCGAUACACCCCAGAACACCCUUCUCGGCGGCAUUCCGCGCAACACCCUCCGCCUGCCUCCUCUCCGCUCCCCCGCUUUCAACAAGAUUCAAAGCUUCCGCCUUCCCCCGCUCCGCCCUCCCUCGCCUCUCUACCUUCCCCCGCCCUGCCCUCCCCCGCCCCUCUGCCGACCCCCGCUUUGCGCCCCUCCUCUCGAGCCUAUCCGAAGCCUCCGCGUUCCCCCACUCCCCGUGCUGCGCCCUUCCCCGGGUUCCGCCGCACACGGGGCGCUGAGCCUAGUGCUCCGCUAUCAUCACCACCACCACAGACAGAACGGUUAGAUGCGGUACCGCGGGUGCCAUCAGACUCCGCACCACUAUACGCGGUAAAGACAGAGUCUGCAGCAUCCAGGGGCUCGUUUGAGUCACAAGCCACGUCAGCGACAGCGCUACAGCCGUCCAACCCUGGGCAAUCACAAUCGUCAGAGUCACCGCUCGAAGUGCCACCUCAGCUGCUGUGUCUGCCAGCUCAGCUGCUGCUGGCAGACACGCGCCCUCCACCUCCUUUGAAAGAGAGAGGUUUGGGUGAAGAAGAGGGGAGAGGGAGGAGGAAGGGAGUGAGGGAGGAGAGAGAGAAGGGGGGAGGGGAGUGCGGAGAGUCCGGAGAGAUGGUAGGUGGGACGGGAGAGAGAGAGGUAGCAGUGAUAAAGGGGAGUGUGGAGGGGGGAGGGGAUCCAAUGGAGAUGGAGGAGGUGGGAGGGGGAGGGAAGGGGUAUGUAAUGGCAGGAGAGGGGGAAGAAGCAAUGGAGGGGGACAGUACCGGUGUGGGAGGCGAUAGAGAGGGCCAGAGCGCGACCUGUAGCAGUGGGCUGAGACAGGACUGUGAUUUGCAGGCCGGUGAUGAUUUGGCCUGCUGUGAAGAUGAAAGGACUGUGGAUAGGGCGGCUGAUGAGGAAAGGGUUACACAUGGCGUUGACGUGGUAACAGGUGCUGCUGAUUCGGUUACUGGUGGUGCGGAAAGGAUGCAAUGUGGUGCUGAAGUGGUAACGGGUGGUGCUCGAGUGGUACCAUGUGGUGAUGAAGGGGUACUGUGCGGUACUGAAGGGGUAACAGGUGGUGCUGAGAUCGUGAUACUUUGUGAUGCUGACGUGGAUCUGGAUGCCAUGCCUGACGGACUGAGUUGCUGCUUUGGGUCCGAGAAGCAACAGCCCGGGGAGGCUCAACUGGGGCAGCAACAGCCUGGGAAGGUUCAAAUGCAGCAGUUGCUGGAGCAAUGCUCCAGUCAGGAUCAGAAGAGUCUGGAGCAGCAGCAGCAGCAGCAGCAGCAGCAGCAGCAGCAGCAGGGGGGGGAUGAGUGCUCUAUCGAGCAGUUGACUCGCAUUGACUCGAUGGAAGAUGACGACUUCUGGGAGAGGAUGGUCGCCGAUUAUGGCACACUGGACGACCUGCCGCCCACACCUGACGACCUGCCGGCCACACCUGAUAAUCUGCCGCCCACACCUGAUGAUGCCCCGGACCCAGACACAGCUUCUUUACACUCUGCCCAUAUACCAGCAGACAGUCACACAGUUUCUGCCACAAACUCUGGAGCUGCGAUCUCCGCAGAAGUUAUGGCUUCAGAUGCAAUCUGCACAGGGGGCGCGCUAAUGGGGGGGCUUACAUCAGCAGUUGUAGGCGCAGCAGAUGUGAGCUUAGCGCCGCCAGGUUUGGAAAGGGCACCUCAGGCUUCAUGCUUCACCGAGCCUGUCAAAUUCGGCAGUCCCGACCCUGCUUCCGAGCCUGCUUGUCCUGCCGAACCUGCCCACGCAGUCACCCGUGCCAAACCUCUUGAGUGCCAGUCCCACAGCCGUCCAUCUUCCAAGCCUGCGGGGCUUGACGCCGAAGCUGGAGCUGCUGUCCUGCUGGCGCUGCUGGCUCGGCAACCAAACCUCAAUCGAGAACCGUCCCAAGGCGUGAUGUCUCCGCAAGAAUCAGAAUUCGCAAAAAUAAUUCUUCCAGGCAACCAGUUUCAGCCGUCCCUUGGGAAUAUCAGUGCAGCGGUGCAGCCUGCAGUGGAGUCACGUUCGUUAGAGUCACAGCUUCUCCAGGUGCUGCUGCUGGCGCUGACAAGACAAGGAGGGGGGGGAGGAGGGAUGGCGUUGGUAGAACCACUACCAGCAGCCGCAGCAGCAGCCGCAGCAGCAGCCUUGGCGGCAGGAACACCGUUCCAGGCAGGCUUAGAGGGUUCCUCCUCAGGCAUUCCUGUUCCCUCGGGGAUGAUUGUACAGAAUAACGGUGAUCAUAAUGGGAAUGCUUUGCAGCAGCAGUGCCACGGCACUGUACAGCAGCAGGAGGGACUCCUCCUCAAACAGCAGCAGCUGCUGCUGCUACUGCCGCUGCUGCUGCAACGCCGGCAGCAGCAACAGCAGAUUCAGCAGCAGCAGCAGCAAGGUUUGAUACAGCUCGUCUCGCUGCUCAGCAGAUUGCUUACCGUGGCAGGUCAACAGGAGGGUGCCUCCAACCAAUAAGGGCUUGAAUGGUGGAGCAGUGG